CUGCGUGAUGAGGAGGUCCUCAAGAGUACGUACAGGAGUUACUUUCAACCACUCAGUCAGAUCAAUUCUCUCAUAACCUGCAGUAACAACUUGGAGUUCUAUGACACUCCGUACGCGGGCUCAGUAUUUGUGCCUAUGAUCAUGCUUCGGUUUUCCUGCGGUGUUCGCAGUACCCCGAAGUAUGAGGGCAUGGAGCUAAUCCAAGAGGUGAUGUCCCCUUUCCCAUCGUACUUGGGCGGCAGAGUGGCCGCCCUCUUGUCCACUACGGGACCACUGUAUUGUACGCCUAUAAGAACUGCGGCGUUUUGGGCUGAUGUUCCUGCAUUUGGAACUAGGACCAGUGCAGAACUGUCGGCGCUGCCGCUUGAGGAGCUGGCACCGGUUCCUGCGCUGGUCACAGUUCCACUAGCUCUCAUCAUGAGGACUGUGUUAGGCUGGAAGAAGAAGCAGCAGAAGCAGAAGCAGAAGCAGAAGCAGCACCAGAAGCUGAAGCAGAAGCAGAAGCACAAGCAGAAGCACAAGCAGACGCACAAGCACAAGCACAAGCAGAAGCACAAGCAGAAGCCGCAUCAGAAGCAGAAGCAGCAGCAGCAGAAGAAGAAGAAGAAGAAGCAGCAGAAGGAGAAGAAGCAAAAGCAGAAGCAGAAGAAGCAGAAGCAGAAGAAGCAGCGGCACCCAGAAACGGAACUGCCACACCCAAAAAGAAGUGACACAGCUGCACAUAUUGGAAACAGCAAGGACAGCGAAGGAGAUCUGGAAGCAGAAGCAGCAGAAGCAGAAGCAGAAGAAGCACCAGAAGCUGAAGCAGAAGCACAAGCAGAAGCACAAGCAGAAGCCGCAUCAGAAGCAGAAGCAGCAGCAGCAGCAGCAGCAGAAGAAGAAGAAGCAGAAGGAGAAGAAGCAAAAGCAGAAGCAGAAGAAGCAGAAGCAGAAGAAGCAGAAGCAGAAGAAGCAGAAGCACCAGCAGAAGCAGCACCAGCAGAAGCAGAAGCAGAAGCAGAAGCAGAAGCAGAAGCAGCAGCAGCAGCAGCAGCAGCAGCAGCAGCAGCAGCAGCAGCAGCAGCAGAAGCAGAAGCAGCAGCAGCAGCAGCAGAAGAAGAAGAAGACGCAGCAGCAGAAGAAGAAGAAGCAGAAGCAGCAGAAGAAGAAGAAGCAGAAGCAGAAGCAGAAGCAGAAGCAGAAGCAGCAGAAGCAGAAGAAGAAGCAGAAGCAGCAGCAGCACAAGCACAAGCAGCAGCAGCACAAGCAGCAGCAGCACAAGCAUCAUCAUCAUCAGCAGCAGCAGCAGGAGAAGGAGAAGCAGAAACAGAAGGAGAAGGAGAAGAAGAAGGAGAAGGAGAAGCAGAAGGAGAAGCAGAAGGAGAAGCAGAAGGAGAAGCAGAAGGAGAAGGAAACGAUGAAGAAGAAGAAUACGAAGAAGAAGCAGAAGCAGAAGGAGAAGGAGAAUGGUGGAGAGGUAGAAGGCGGUCGGGAGGCACGAUCCUGGCGUUCCGUACGCAUAAGGUGGGCGGUUUGGAGGUCCUCAAUUGUGAAUUGGGAGGGGUCAAGAGAGGCAGUGUCGAAGUCGUCAUCGAAGGUGGGUGGGGUGGUGUCGUUAUGAAAAAAGCGGGGCCGGGAGGGAGUGGGCGCAGAUUGGUGAUGGCUCUGAUGGGGGUGGAGUCGUCGAUCGUGGUGAAGCAUGCGAGAGAGGAGGUUGGCAAGGGGCAUGUCAGGUUCGUGGGCGAGAGCGGUUGCAAGGUCUUUGUGGCAUACUCGUUUGAUGCGGGAGAUGAACGCAAAGUCGGGAAUGACGGUGGGGGGGAGGUGGUGGCAGAGGGAGCGAACAUAUUGGACGAAGCGAUCCGUGGGACCGGUCUGGCGGAGGUGGCAGAAUUGUUCAUGGUAGUCAUCAAUGGUUUUCUGAGGGCGAAAGGUGGCAAAGGACAUGAUUUCGCCGGAUCGGAAGGAAUGGGGGAUUUCCCCGUCGUGGGAAACAAUCUGGGUGAGGGUGUUGAAGUUGAGGUUAUCGGGGGUGGUGUCGUAGCAGGUGUAGUCGAGUUGCUUGUUGUCCUCAAGGAGGUAGCUGGGGGGGAGUUGUGGCAUUGCGGGGUAAACCCCGGAGGUGAUUUGGGAAUAAGUGGGACGGAUGGUGGGGAUGGUGGAGGUCGUCAUGAUGGGUUGGGGAAAGGAGGUGGGGGGAACGAAACGAUGGUGGAGGUUGAAGGGUUGGUGGAUGUGGUGGUGGAGGUGGUAGGAGUGGAGGAGGUCGGCGGGGGUGUUGCUGGAGGCGGCUGUGGAGGAGGGAGUGGUUUGCGUUGUGGAGGAGGGAGGUGCGGCCGUGGUGACGCGGUCCGAUAUGGACGACAUGGUGGCCUUUAUGUCGUCCAGGAAGGCGAUGACGGAGGUUUGAAAGGUGUUGAGUGUGUGGAGGAUGGUGGAGAGGUCAGGGGUGGCGGUAUUUGCUGGUGGUUGUUCGCCUGCGAGGUUAUGGGCGAUGCUAUCGACCGAGUCGAUGCGGAUGUCAGACAUGUUGAUGGAGGAUGCGGUCAUGUCGGGGGAAGAGGGGGUGGAGGACGCGGCCGGAACGGAUGUGGAGGAUGCCGCAGUAGCGGUGGCGGCGGCAACAGCGGGGGCAGCGGCGGCGAGAAGCAGACGGAGAAGGAGAAGGAGACUACGAAGGACACGACAAAGGAGGAGGCGGCGACGAGGAAGGAGACGACGAAGACGAAGAAGGAGACGACGAAGACGAAGAAGGAGGCGACGAAGGAGAUAAAGAAGGAGACGACGAAGACGAAGAAGGAGACAAUCAAGAAGCAGAAGCAGAAGACGACAAAGAAAAAGAAGACGAAGCAGAAGAUCAAGACGAAGACGAAGCAGAAGAAGAAGAAGAAGAAGAAGACUACGAAGAAGCAGAAGACGAAGAAGAAGAAGACAAACCAAAAGACGACGAAGCAGCAGCAGCAUAAGCAAAAGAAGCAGAAGCAGAAGCAGAAGCAGAAGCAGCAGAAGAAGCAGCAGCAGAAGCAAAAGCAGAAGCAGCAGCAGAAUCAAAAUACGAAGACAAAGAAGAAGACGAAUCAGAAUACGAACACAAAGAAGAAGACGAAUCAGAAUACGAAGACAAAGAAGAAGACGAAGCAGAAGAAGCAGCAGAAUAUGAAGAAGACGACGACGACGACAAAGAAGCAGAAGAAGAAGACAACGAAGAAGCAAAAGAAGAAGACGAACUAGAAGAAGACGAAGAAGACGACUACAAAAACGACGAAGACGACGACGAAAAAGAAGAAGCAGACGAAGCAGAUGAAGCA